UGUUGACUUAAACCCAUCACAAUGUCUUCCCUUUUUAAUCAUACAGCAUGCAUCCUGUCACAGUUAUGCAUCAAGACUCGAUCAGUAGGGUUAUGGAAUUAACCGGCCAGUUGCUGAUGUGUCCAUUGCAGGCCAGUCCCACCAAACGCAGAACUAAUUUCUUAAGAAUUUUUAUGUUGCUGUCAGGGUUAUGCUGGGAGUACAAUAACUCCCGUGGAAUGGGAGUAAACGGGAACGCCGUAGUGGAAUGCUGUACAGGAAUCAGAUGCAGCAGAAAAGCAUUUGAAUUUGUCAAAUUCAAAAACCUUGUCGUUCACAAAAGAAUCGCUACUGGACUGCGGCUGCGUAAAGCUGUGAACUGCAUCUCGGUCACCAGUCUGGAACUUCAAAGCGAGCUGCAGAUACCGGGCUGCCAACCUUCGGUUCUAGAUGUGAAACAAUCCCAUGAUGCAACAUGCGUCCCCUGCAUCAUCACUGACCAUGAUGGCCACCCAGAGCGUACCUCCUCCUACCUACCAAGAAAGCCAACAGAUGACGGCCACGGCACAGCAGACUACCAAGACGCAGCCAGUGCAUAUUCCAGCAUCCUCCGCUGCUGCUACUCCAGUAGCCACUGUACCACUUGACCCUCAGGCACAGCUGGAGUCUGACAAAAGAGCAGUCUACAGACACCCACUCUUUCCGCUCCUCGCCCUCCUGUUUGAGAAGUGCGAGCAAGCCACACAGGGGUCAGAGUGCAUCACAUCGGCCAGCUUCGACGUCGACAUUGAAAACUUUGUCCACCAGCAAGAACAGGAGCACAAACCCUUCUUCAGCGAUGAUCCAGAAAUAGACAGCUUGAUGGUAAAAGCCAUUCAGGUUCUGCGAAUCCAUCUACUAGAACUGGAGAAAGUCAACGAGCUUUGCAAAGACUUCUGUAACCGCUACAUAACCUGUCUUAAGACGAAGAUGCACAGUGACAACCUACUUCGCAAUGACCUCGGAGGUCCAUACUCCCCAACAGCUGUGACACAUACCCUCCCAUCACAGAGCUCUCCAUCCUCUCUGACAACAAUAACCAACGCUGUCAACUCCCAGGGGAUCGUGGUGCCGACCUCUGCACUACAAGGGAAUGCUGCCAUGCCAACACAGGUGGUUACAGGUGGAACAAUUUACCAGCCGGUAACUAUGGUAACCUCUCAGGGUCAAGUUGUGACCCAGGCCAUUCCGCAGGGUACUAUACAGAUCCAGAACACACAGGUGAAUCUGGAGCUGACCUCUCUCCUACAGGAUGGGGAAGACAAGAAGUCAAAGAGUAAACGCGGUGUGCUGCCCAAACACGCCACAAACAUCAUGCGCUCCUGGCUCUUCCAGCAUCUUGUGCAUCCGUACCCGACAGAGGACGAGAAGAGACAGAUCGCCGGCCAAACGAAUCUCACACUCUUACAGGUCAACAACUGGUUUAUUAACGCCAGGCGGCGUAUACUGCAGCCAAUGCUCGAUGCCAGUAAUCCUGACCCAGCUCCCAAAGCUAAGAAAAUCAAAUCCCAGCACCGGCCGACUCAGCGCUUCUGGCCCGACUCGAUUGCAGCUGGCGUUCUCCAACAGCAAGGAGGCAACCCCAGCAACCCGGACAGCACAAUGACCACUGCCAUGGACAGCCUGCAGACUCUCUCCUCCGACACGGCCACCCUUGCCAUGCAGCAGGCCAUGAUGGCCGGCCACGCGGGCGACGACUCGCUGGACGGGACGGACGAGGAGGAGAUAGAGGAGGAUGAGGAAGAGGAGGAGGAAGAGGACGACAAUGGGGAACUGCAGACGACCAAUGUAAACGACCUGGGCCUGGACAAUAGUGACUCGCUGGACUAACACCGCUGUGUUCACACCGUGGACGCACCGGAACUAGAGUGUGACCAGCGUGCGGACUGUUUUUUAAAAAUUAAUUAAAAGACUUUUCUCCAGAAACAGGUCACAAUGAUGUGACAGGCAUAAGAAUGAAGGCCCCUGUGUCUAAAAUCUAUUUUGUGAUUAAUUCUGUAUUAAUGAAUGUUAUUGUGAAUGUAUCCUUCAUUUUUUCUUUUGACAUUUGUUUUACAUUUGUAUUUUUUACUUGGCUGCUGGGGUGACUUCCACAGCCCGCCUCCCCCCACAUUGCCCUGGCUUUACACUUGGACUGAAGCUUUUCUUAACACUAGGGGAGGGAGGGUGGGACAAACUGGCAAGAAUAUUCCUCUCAGGCUCUCUCUCGCCCCCUUCAUUUCCCACUGAAAUGAACUACGUUUAAAACAAAAACAUGGGUAGGAAUUGGUUGUUGCACUUUCACUUCUGCACAUCCUCCUCUGCACAGUAUGUGCACAGGGGGCCCCUCAGACGUUUGAUCUCCAGAUGUUAGAUCCUGCCCAGGGAUACUAACUUGGGUUGGAUGCAUUCCUGGAGCUUUCAUCAAAUGACUCGGGUCUCCGACAACUCGCCCCCAGUCAGACAGCCUUUAGACGCCCAUCUUGUAUACUUUUAUAAAUAGUAAAUAAAGGCAUUCAAAGAAAAGUUUUAAAAAAAA